AACCUUGCUGAUAACAUUGGUGCUAACAUGGCGGCACCCAUCGUGUGUUUUUACCGGGUUUUUCAUUUCCACUUUUUAUAACAAAUAUUUUCAGAACUUGAGAUACAUGAGUUGGAAAUUUUGCUGUGCAUUUUGAAGGAAUCGUCCUCUUCUGUCCACACCAUGAAACAUUCGUAGGAAAUGCUGACGAGCCUACAAAUACGACGAGUAUUACGCUGACGUCGACUCACCCUUGUGCUCAAGUGUCGCUCUUGCGAAUGUGACAAUGUCAGCGAAAAACCUUGCUACUACUGCUGCGAAAUCAGCGUCGUACAAUAUUAUACUGCAGGUGGCUACGAGGAUAUUGACGUUCGUUCUCAACGCCUAUAUUUUGCGUCACAUAAGCAAACAUGUCCUGGGCGUUAUAAACGUCCGCCUCGUACUUCUCUACACUACCGUGCAAUUCCUCAGCAGAGAAGGAUUCCGACGAGCUUGCCUUAGCAACAGUAAAGCACACGACUGGACCGCGGUGAUAAACCUCGUCUGGCUGUGCCUGCCAGUGUCCGCCGUCAUCGGGGUUCCGCUGGGCUGCCUGUGGAUAUUCGUGCUUCGUACUCCGGACCCUGAAGUUAUGCCUAACUACACUAUGGGAGUGUGCACGACUGUGACAUGUGUUAUGAUCGAGCUGCUUGCCGAGCCGCUCUAUAUUAUUGGCCAAGCGUUCCAUUACGUCAGGCUCAAGGUGUUCAUAGAAGGCGGUUCUCUAGCGUUACGCUGCAUCCUAAUGUCCGUUCUUAUAACAUUAUACCCGAGCUCAGCUAUUAAGGUUUUUAGUGUUUCACAAAUAGCAGCGUCGAUGUUCUACACGUGCGCAUUUUACGUGUACUUUUACGUCGAAAUUGGCUCGUCGGCACAGAAAAAGGCGAACCCGUUACCAAUCAAGUCGCUCGCCAGCCUUGUACCUGUGUAUCGUCCGAGUAAAUACAAGAUAGAGUCGUCAACUGCACGACUUACCUGGAGCUUCAUGAAGCAAACUGUCAUCAAGCAAGUGCUCACCGAAGGCGAGAGAUACGUGAUGACCCUUUUCAAUGUGCUCACGUUUGCAGAGGAAGGAGUAUAUGACGCCGUCAACAACCUUGGAUCUCUAGCAGCGAGGUUUAUAUUUCAACCCAUCGAAGAGAGCGGUUACCUGUUCUUCGCCCAGGUCCUGAAACGGGAUGUGGACGUAUCUAACCAAGAGGCGGAAGAUGUCACGCUGAGCGCGAGCGUCCUCGAGCAGCUGCUCAAAUUGAUGACCCUUCUUGGGACCAUCAUCCUAACCUUUGGGCAGUCCUACUCCACGCUGCUGCUGCACCUGUACGGAGGCACCGUCCUCAGCGAAGGAGUCGGGCCAUCGUUGAUGAGGUGGCACUGCGGUUACGUGCUGUUCCUGGCGUUGAACGGCAUCGUGGAGUGUUUUGUGUUUGCAGCCAUGACAAAAAACGAUCUAGACAGGCACAGCCGCAGACUGGCAAUGUUUUCUGUGUUGUUUCUCGCAGCCUCCUAUUGCUUCACUUUGUAUUUUGGAAGCGUGGGAUUUAUAAUGGCAAACUGCCUCAAUAUGGCCGCACGCAUCGUGCACGGUUUGUUGUUCAUCAAAGAUUAUUACAAACAGACUGCCCACAGGCCGCUGAGAGGGAUAUUUCCACAUCGAGCUGUGUUGCUGACGUGCGCCUUAGCUUUCGUUGUAACUUCAGUAUCGCAGCUCUUGUUCUGUUGCAGCAAAGGCGCGUUAAUGUGGGUGAUCCAUGUGGCAUUCGGAGCAAUUUGCUUUCUGCUCGUUAUGUUCAGUAUCUUUAUAAAAGAAAGGCCUCUGAUUACGUUCUUAAGUACAUUUUAUCGAGGUAGAGCGAAAGAUCAGAGGGAGGCAAAAGUGAAGUGAUAUGCUGUUGUUCAUGACAGCCACGAUAUUAAACUGACUUCACAAAAUAAACUGAUCAGCAUAGGUGGUGAGUUUCCAAUCUGCUGAAUGGAGUGGUGUGUCGGGCAUUGCAUGUUGUGAUGGUGAGACAAAUUUUUGAAGGAUUUCGACGUUCAUGCGCACGAAAUAUGCAGUUCUUAGGCUUCCACAAUGUAAAAGCCCGAGCCUGGGCACACAGAGGGAAGACACGAAAAAGCUCUUACGUUAUUACAUUUUAUAUUAUCGUAACAUUUUAUUACAUUUAUUUUACAUUAUGGAGUUCACCCACCAACUGGCCUGCAUAUACACCAUCUUGUCAGUUCUUAGCAGAGUUCGACGUAACUCGUUACUGUAACUAAGUUCCUUUUUUCUGUAACUUACCUCGAUAUUUCCGCACCGUGGUAACAUGAAAGGACUCUCUUCUUUUUCAGGUAACUUUGCCAAAGUAUCUUGAGCUAAGUUCCAAGUUACUUUUAAUUCGCUUUUCACUCACGUCCACAUAUUUUCUUGCUUUCUCUAUGGAUCUGUCAUGGCAUUUUACGCUAUAAGAUGUGAUGUCAAUCAAUGCCAGUGUUCUAUUCAGAAGCUGAAUCAUUUUGCACCCACAGGGAGUAAGAUGCAAAGCGUUCGAAUUGUUGGACAUCAACGAAAACGAUCUAAGAGUGUUGCACUCCUCCACUGGCAACUCGACGUUGAACUCAACUGCUCAUGCGCGCUGCACCUGUGUAGUGCUAUUUUGUGUCCGAAGUAACUUGGAAGUAACUCGUUCUUUUUUUCAAGUAACUUCGUAACUGCGAGUUACGUUUCAGGCUGAAGAACUUUGUUACUUACUUAUAUUUUUCACACGGUAGCUUAGUUCGUAACGAGUUCUUUUUGAUGGGUAACUUCUCGAUUUAUGGUUCUUAGGAUAUCAAUUGAAACGUUCAUCUUGAGUUUCAGCUGGGCAGAUUUCUGAUCCACCCCUGUGAUGCUCCAGCUUCCCCAACACAAUAGACACCUAUUCAUUCAGUCAGUAAACUACAUUCCAUGUUGCCUUCUCUGGUUAUUAAAUCACAAUUUCAAAAGUGACGAAAUGCAUCUCCCUGGUUGGCCUGCAAGAAUGUUCUGUUAGGGACUGUUGUGUGUUUGUCUGUUGUGUAUACAAAGCAGUUAUUAGGAUCAUUAUGUAUUACUCCAAUAUCAGUUUAAUUAUAUUGUACACACUCUACUCCACUGCACUCCAGGGCCACGAAUUAUUUUUUGAUGCAAUCAAUAAUGCAGACGUUUGGGUACACCGGCGCUGCAAGCAACAACAGCAGUGGAGUAAAGGACUUGAGAAUAGAGUAGGGUGAUCUCACACCAGAUCAGGCAGGGUGGUCCGGUCGACCUCUCCAACUUGUUUCUUUCAAACACAUAUUAAAGCCUGUCCCUAGGAGGUAUAUUGGCACUGAAAGUACUUCAAAAUAAUUGGUGGUUAUUUUUUAAUGAAUUAUCAUUUAGAUGUGGGCAUUUCGACCAUUGCACUUCCUGUGCAGUUUGAUGCCACGUAUCUUCAUAACUAUUCGACAUAUUCAGCUGAUUUUUUUUUUCACAUAUUGUCUGGUGUGGGUUGCAUUGCACCCUAUGUUCUGAGGAUCCUAAGUUUGCCUUUGAGGAGAUAAAAAAUUGCUAAGUUGUCUCAUUUGUAAAAUAUGGUACAUUUUGGGAACCUCACAACUCGGGCCCCCAGUUGUGAUACUCGAACGUAGGCUACAUCAUUGUGUUUGGCUCGAAAUGUCCUUUCUCCGCAUAGCGAGUACAUCGUAUUGUGAAUUAGGGCAACGCCCCCAACGGUCUUUUUGUGAAGGGUAUCUACGGAAAAUGCGUACAUUCGACAGCGUGUGUCCCAUAUAUUCCCACUCAUCACAUCGUUCAUUUUACUCACAAACGUUCUUCAUGACGACUCAAAACAGCACAUAAAAAAAAAAAUGUUGCUUCAGAGAUGGUUGAAGUUACGUUCGUAACUCAGUGUCGUUCGAUACGUAAUUUCGACCAUCUCUGAAGCAAAUUUUUUUUUAAUGUCCUGUGAAACCACCCAGUAGCAACUAAGAGAGUAAUAAAAUCAAAGUAACAACAAUGACAGCAUUUCAUAUCUUAAGAGUUUUGUAUAACUGCUUACAUAUUACAGAUUUAUUCUUAUAGAUUUUCGUUACUACAACUAUUAAGUCGUAGUCAAGUAGUGAAAAUCUCCGACCAAGGUUCAGAAGGGGAUGUCAGACUUUUUGGAGUCAGUUCGUCUCCUUCCUCAGGGAUGACAGUAGUGGCCAUUGAGAGCAGUGUUCUUGUCGUGGUUCAAAUUUCAUGACUCGUCAAGUUGUUUUUCAGUCACAAAUUUUUGUUGUAUCAGACACACCUGCUUGGUAGUCGUAUGGCCUUCUUAAACUCCAGUCUACCGGUCAGCCCAUAUAUUUUCUGACGCUUUUUCCAAGGACAGCUACUGAACUCUUCCGUGUUCAUGAGCAUAGGAAGUACAUGUGGUGUUUCUCCAUAAGGCUUACGCAAAACUAUGUCUUACUCACAAACUACAUUCCGCAUGGGAUUAUGACACUGACUUCCAAGAUGAUGCAACCCUUAAGUGGAAGCUGUCUUUUGUUUGAGUGGUGGACUGGGAAUGUGAUGCGCAUGUUCUCGAAGACACCAAGAAACUACAACUGUCAACUUAUUUGUGAGUACUGUCAAUACAAACAAGCAACCCAUAACCUACGUGGAGGAAUUCGACUAGAGAAAUGGCGACAUUCUCCAUCUGUCGAUUUCACGAUGUUCCUUAGGUAGGUGUCUACUGGACUUCAAAGACACGUGAACUUUUACAAUACAGCUUAAACGAGCACUGAGGUGACAUUCAUAUUUUUCCUUUGUGUUUUCCCGUGAUGUGUUCUGCAACAAAUAAAAUGAGCCCCUGUGAAAGAACAAUGGGCACCAGUGA